UACAAACUUUAAAUAGACUUAAAAGUGCACAAAAGCGUGUAACCUAGUACUAAAAAUGAGCUAUACGCGUGAGCCGGUCUCGGCGCAGUGAACUCCACGCUUGUGGUUCAUUGUCUGUUCAUCCCUACAGUGAGUGAGAGAGAAAGAGUCCCGUCCCUUCAAUUCAGUGGGCGUGGUGUGCGUGUGAGUGGGAAAACAAACAGCAUACAACCAACAGUACUUCCUACAUCUUCGUACAACUCGAGCGUUUCUCCCCCUUAUCUCGCGUCAGGCGUCUCUCUCGCGCGUAGUGUUUACAGUGAGUCCUGCUGAGCUCAGAGGACGCGUCCCAUCAUCACUAAAUGACGCGCCGCAGCGCUGCAGAUUUACAUCCACUCCACAGUUCCACACGCGUUCAACAUAGAUGGACCCGCAUCAUCUGAGGACUUCAGAGUGAUAUUACUGUUGUUGUGUGUUUUUCUUUUUGUAAAAUGAGCGGAGGGGAAAUCAUCUGUCAGGGAUGGUUGAGAAAGUCGCCACCCGAGAAGAAGCUGCGGAGAUAUGCCUGGAAGAAGCGCUGGUUUAUCCUGCGCAGCGGGCGCAUGAGUGGAGACCCGGAUGUUCUCGAGUAUUACAAGAGUGACCAUGCCAAAAAGCCCAUUCGUAUCAUCGACCUGCACUGCUGCGAGCAAGUGGACGCAGGCCUCACCUUCAAACGCAAAGAGUUCCAGGACAGCUUUGUGUUCGACAUCAAGACGGCUGAGAGAACCUUCUACCUGGUGGCAGAAACGGAGGAGGAAAUGAACCGCUGGGUUCGCUCUAUCUGCCAGCUGUGUGGAUUCAACCAGUCAGAGGACAAUCAUCACGAUGAGAGAUCGUCCACCGCCCACAUUUCCCGGUCCUUGGCUAAUGAUUUGGGUGGCUCUCUUGCCCCACUGAUUGGUGAACGUAAAACGUCUGUGCCCGCCCACUCCAGCCAGCCAAUGCUGUUCACAUUCGACAUACCUGUACGCCACUCCCAUGGUCCUCUGUCUAACAGUGCUCCUCAGGACUACCUCUUCCUCCAUCAAUGCAUGAGCCGCAAAAGUGAGAGCGCACGGAGUGCCAGUUUCUCGCAGGCCUCGCGCAGCAGUCUUCUGGUGGGCAGCGACUCGGCGGUUCAGAGACUCACUCAUGGUUUCUCUCACUGUCUGAACGGCAUGGGCGCCCAGCUUCACGGUUUCUACAGCCUACCCAAACCCGGCAAGCAUCAGCAGGCCCCCUUGCGGACUGACUCGCGUGACGCUUGCUACGUUCUUCCCAGAGGUUACAGCUCGGAAGGGCCAUCAGAGCUUGAAUCAGAAGACGUCUACACCUAUAAGACCCCUAAUAACACUCUAGCGGCCCCUCAAACCAAUGAGCAGCGGGCCCUCGACAACUACGACUCGCCCAGCAUUCCUGGCUCCGUCUACCAGAUCCCCCGCACGUUUGAUAAGAACCACAAUGCCCUGAUGCCAUCCAGUGCUGACUCCACAAAUGCACCUCCUCCCAGACCUCCCAAACCCAGCCAGGGUUCAGAGACACGGUGGGGCGGCCCCCUGUCCGCGGGGGCUCAAAACGGAGAGGUCGCCACAGUGUCCGUCAUCCCGAGGAGGAACACGCUGCCGGCGGUGGAGAACAUCAAGCUUCACAGAGGAUCUUCUUUUGAGACCAGCAGUCACCAGAGGCCAGUCUACUUCAACAAUUCUGGUCAGUCAGUGGAGUCUGUAAACGAUGGCUUCAGCUCUUACCUGAGAACUAAAGCCCCAUUGACCCGCUCCGAUAGUGCCGGCUCUGAGGAUAACUAUGUACCCAUGAAUCCCGGCUCUUCCUCCUCCCCUCUCAGUGCCGCCCUGGCUGACAGUCCUAAAAAUAAUUACAUUCCCAUGAGCCCAGGUCCUCACCAUUUUGAUUUCCCAGGAUUCUCAGCAACGUUGCCGGCCAGGAAGGGCAGCACAGCAUCACUAUGUCUCCGACCCGGGCGACUCAGUGACGUCACGCCGCCACCAAUCAACCGCAACCUUAAACCUAACCGGACAGCAAAACCAACACCUCUUGACUUAAGGAACAAUGGCAUCAUUGAUGAACUUCCCUUCAAGAGCCCCAUCACCAUGUCUUGGACAAGACCAAUGCCUAUGAACUCCAUCUCGUCACAGCACUGUCGGCCCAUCUCAACCCAGAGCAUCACCAGCACUGAUUCUGCAGACAGUGAGGAGAACUAUGUGGCAAUGCAAAACCCAGUGUCUACCUCCCCAGCGAUGAGUGGUACCAGCAGUCCUGCACCCAGGAAUUGUGGUAAUGUGGACUAUUUGGCCCUGGACUUUCAGCCUGGCUCCCCUGGCCCACAUAGAAAGCCAUCCACCUCUUCAGUGACCUCAGAUGAAAAAGUGGACUACGUCCAAGUGGACAAAGAGAAGACACAGGCCCUUCAGAACACCAUGCAGGAGUGGACAGAUGUGCGACAGUCAAGCGAGCCUGCUAAAGGCAUCAAGUCCUGAUGAUGUUCAAAUGUUCACACUGAAUGUGUUCCUCCCUGUCACUCGAAAUGCUCUUAUACCGUUACACCGUGAUCCAAACUGGUUUGCCUGGGACAAAAUAGCGAUUGAUGCACCAACUAAAGCCAUAGAUCCAAUUCAUUUGGUCUUUUGAAGACAAAACCCCCACUGAACCUCCUGGACUGCCAUGCCAUGCAUGUUAAGACAUGUUUAACUUUUCAAAGUUCAGUGCAACCAAGCUUUAGCCACUUGCUCUCUAUGAGUGUGAGCGAAGAACUAUAAGUAGUGAAUCUUCUGUGGUAUUUGACAUGUUGGAAAUCAUAUUUAAAACUAGUUAAUGGUGAUGUGUGCAAAAUAUUCAAUGUUAAAAUAUCACAGCUUAAAGACAACUAAAAUCGCUUUUCCACUGUCGGGGCGAACCGUCUGUAAAUUAAAAAUUAAAUUGCAUUACCAAGCUAACGACUGAUGCAUUUGUAUUACAUUCCAAAGAGCUCUGUUAUCAGCCCCACAGUGGAAAAUGAAUCCAUAUCCAUACCGGCUGGGCCGGAUCGGCAUGGAAUGUAGCAGUUAAGCAACGAGAGCAGGUUUGCUCGACAGUGGAAAAGCGGCUUAAGUAAGCCAUUUGUAGUUUGAUUCCCCCUAAAAAAAUGUAAACUCUGUGACUCUAUCAUUGCUCUGUUUUUUUGAGUAUCCCAACCAGCCUGACAUAGCAACACUGGCUCAACCAGUGCCGUUAGUUUGAGGUCAGCCUGACCAAUAGCAUACAGGUGGUGUGUUCGGAGAACCUGCUUGAAAAUCAAAUCUGUUUGGUGGCGCUAGCUACAGAAAAUAUACAUUUAGUAAUUUUACACACUUUUCAAACAAAGGAUUUUCUGAAAUCGUGGUGGUCUGCCUUGCCAUUGCAAUUUUUUAUAGAUUCAUCAAAUACAGACGAUCAUUGUUUUCCAAUUUUGAGUCAAACAGACCAAGUUAGAAAGAGAUUCUUGUAGCUUUUGAGUUAAAAGAUUGUUUUUUUCACACUUGGUCUGACAGUGGUUCACAUGAAUAUUGGCUUAUAUGUGACUGAAAAGCUUGAGCACUUUACAGCAAACCAAACUCAAAUCAUCUUAGGAGGUGAUCUGAACAUUUAGAGUGUGAUUAUAUUAUGCAUUGUAAAUGCAAAGGUAACACGCAACAACAAAAGUUGCAUUUCAUUUUCAUUCAUGGAGUCUUUAAAAAGUUAGUUCACCCAAAAAAUAAAAAUUCUGUCAUUUCAAAUUCCUACAGUAUAACCUUCAAAGACCUUGGAUAUUCUGCUAUAUAACUCCUUUUGUGGGGGUGUCGCAAUACACUGGUUUGGAUAAAAUUGAAAUAUUCAUGUUAAUACUGCAGGUAAACAGUAGGUAAAUACAGUAGGUAAAUAAUCCAGUGCCAGUAACUAUCUGGUUGAUACUCCAACACAGUAGGUGGCAGUAUUCCACAUUAAUGCUGGUUGCCAACCGUCAUGAAACAGAAAAAUGAAGAUGACAAGACACUCUAAAAAAAAGAUAGCUCACCAGUUUGGGUUUUUUGGAUUGCAUAAAAAAGACUGAUAAAAGACAGUGACGAUAAACAAAAGUUCUUUUUGUACGUUUUUGUGAGGGCCGGGACAAUAUAUCGAUGCAUCGCGAUAUAUUGUGGAUCGAUUCUGAUAUUUUCCAAAUGCAUCGCAAAUUCGAUUCUGAGUUUAGUUUUUAACAGCAGAUGAUGCUCUAGGCUAUUUUUUAACUGCACGCUCAAAUGCUCAUGAAGAAGAGCGCUCGUGCGUUCGGCUGAGUCUGAGAAUGUACUUGCACCUCAGAAUGCUUUUAUGACGAAGCCCACUGCAAACACCCUUGUAAUUUGCUUCAACCUUUUCAAACUUUAUGAAUGAUUAUUUUAUAGAAGGUUCAAGUGGUGUGUGUAAGGAAUUAAAAGGAAGCAGAGUACGGCUGUUCCUGAAGCACACAGUGACAUCUUGAUUCGCGAUGCAUCAAUGUAUUGUCCCAGCCCUAGUUUUUGUAUAGUUAUGGUUUCAAAUUCUUUCUGUCUCCCAACACUCAUAUUUUGAGUAUGAUUGAGUAUGACCAAAAAAGAGAGAACACAAUAAAUAGUUGAAAGAUAAAAAUUCUAUACUGUUGAUAUCGCAAAAAUAUUGUGAUUUCUUUUGGCCGUGAUAGUCUCAUAUUGUGACAACCCUAAAGGCCCGUUCACAGCAUAGACAAUAACUUUACAGUUUUAAUAAUUAUUCUAAUUCAGUGAGAAUAGGGAAGUUUGCAUCACAGCUAUAACGACAACAACAACAACAUUGUUGGAAUCACUUUCAGACCAAUUUUUCCAAGCUAAUAAAUGAUAGAAACAUUGACUGCCGAUCAGAAUCCAUCCGACUGUAAAGAGCUUGAGCAUUUAAAGCGACAGAUGACAAAACUGCAACGUGCGCUUAGAAUAAACAAAUUAUUGUGCGCUGGUGUUGACGCUAAUAUAGUUAUCGUUAUCUUUAUAGUUAUCGUUCUUGGUGCAAACUGGCCUUUAGUUCAUGAGGUAAAUGAUGUCAAAAUUUUUAUUUUUUGGUGAACUAUUCCUUUAGGCUUCCAGAAAUAUGACAGAAUAGUUACAGAUCCUCCUAAACUAAAGACUUUUUUAAGGCAACACAUACUAAGGGCACAUUUACACGACAAAAGUUUUUCCUUUGCGUUUUUCACGUACAGACAACAACGUUGUCAAAGCGAUCCCUGUUAACACGGAUCCGCGAAAAUGACAAAAAAAAAAACGCUGUAUUAUGUUGCCAGGCCAGUAGAUGGCGAUGUCACUUUGUAAAGUAAAACUACGUGCCUAUAGACUGAACACGUAAUACGCAUGCGCAUGACAUUAAUGUUUUCACAAAUUUGCGUUUUUGUCGAUUUCACCGACACAAUAAUGCCAUCGUUUUCAAAAACGUGCACUUUGAAACCCGUUUCCAUGCUCCCACGACGCACUUGUUGUGUAAAUGAACGGCCAAAACGCAUAACAAAGUUUCGCAAUUUUAGCUGAAAACAGUGUCAUGUAUGUAACAGACCAUCUCAUUUUACCUUAACAAAAGUGCAUCUCAAAGUAUUCAGUGGCAUGCAGUCUGAUUAGGGAUAAUGUGACCAUCUUUCCCUAUAACACAUCGCUUCCCUGGCUGUUACUAUGGAAUAUGUUAGAGCAAACUUACAUAUAAACAAACAAACAAACAAACAAACAAUAAAUGAUCUAUUCAUAUACUAAUAAACACAUACUAGUUAAUAUCCUUCAAGCUAAUUGUGUUUUUGUCAGAGGGGAUGUAUGGAUGGACAGUAAAAACAUUCACAUUUAUCAACAUUUUAAAUGUUAUACUUUGCUCUCAGAGCAGUUUGAGUUAUUUUCAGCAAAAGUCUUCCAAAUAUACACUGUUCCUAGUUUCAGCAAACUGGCUGAUUAAUGCGAACAGCUGUAGCUGUAAAUCAGUCAUGCUUUAUGCCUGUUGAGAUUAGUGGAAGGACUCUUCCAGGGAGCAUGUUGUGUUUUUGACAGACACCUUACAUAUUUUUUGGGGGGGCUGGACAAGCUGUUUUCUGAACAUUUUCCGACCAGGGAGCAUAAUGGAAGAGGUGCAGAAAUUACACACUUCUCUGUUAAACUGUGAUUUUCAUUGUAAACAUUGGUUCAGCCUAAAUAUGUGAUAAUAUUAGCAUCAUAAGGAGAUAUAUUUAAAUAUUUAAAUAUGCUUGCUCAAGCAUAGGGGAAAAAAUAAGUGGCAUAUUCAGUUGAACUCAAAAUAACCCAUUAUUCAUUUGCAGUCAAGAAGACUCUAGAAUUUGUCAUUUCAUUCAGUAUUUUAUGGUGGGCUGGGACCUCCGAAAAAUACUUCAUUUCUAGCUUCUUUUUUUUUGCCUUUGAACUCGACAUCAUUUCAUAUUCCAAAACCAUUUUGUAUUAAGUUAGUUUAAACUUUGCAUAUGAGGUUGUAAGUGGUCUGGACUUGUUAAAUAAACCUUGUGUAGAUCGUCUGUUAGAUCCAAAUCCUUUCAUCUGUUCAGUGGAUUAUUUAAAAACGUGCUUUUCGAGACUGACUUUAUUUCAUGAUGUUGAACUCUGUGGGACAUUUAGCGGCACUGGCAUUGGCCUUAACAGUUCAUUAACGUUUACGUGAACUUACAGGCUGAAAUUGGUUUCUUAAUGUCUUUUUCUAUUCUGAAAAUGAAAUGUAAUGUAUUGUUAUGGAAGAGUACUAGUACAUGAAUAUAAUACUUGUGUGUGAGCUGUAGUAGAAUUUAAGCUGUAGUUUAAGCGGCCAAAGCGGGGCGGACGAGAAGAACUACUUUGACAAAUGUCUUUAAUUGAGUGCAUUUUUCUGUAAAGCAUUUCUGUUCAACUCUUUGUCGCUUGUAAAUUAAUUUAUUAAUUUAUUAUGUGUUUUGCAGGUGGACGAAAGAUGUACAAAGAAUGAACUUGUGGCUCUACUAACAUUAAUUUAUGCUAUGUGUGCUGAUUUUGUGAAGCUAUAUGCCAAGCAAAGCCAGUAAAAUGGUCAAAUGUG